GAUGGAUUGAUUUGUUAGUGCAACACUAAUAAAAUGUUUAAAGAAGAGUAGUGGCGAAGUGCGCUGUCUAAGCAAUCUUUUUUUAUGGCCAUUAUUCUUUCCCUCUCUCCCUAUCUCUCUGCAAAUUUUGGGUUUACAGUUUUAGAUUUAUAGCAAAUUUUGGGUUUAUCUUUAAUCGUAACUGAAUCUGGUUAUGGAGAUGGAGAUCAGCCAAGAAGAUGUUGUGAGUAGUGGGAAGAAGAAGAACAUCAACGACCGACCCUACAAAGGAAUCAGGAUGAGGAAGUGGGGCAAGUGGGUCGCCGAGAUUCGAGAGCCCAACAAGCGCUCCCGGUUAUGGUUAGGGUCCUACUCAACGCCGCUUGCGGCGGCGAGGGCCUACGACAUCGCCGUCUUCUACCUCCGCGGCCCGUCGGCGCGGCUGAAUUUCCCUGACCUGCUCGCCUGCGACGGAGGCGGACUCAGCGAUUUGUCCACCGCUUCCAUUCGGAAGAAAGCGAUCGAAGUCGGGUCCAUGGUCGACGCCACCCAGACAUCCGUUUCCGGCCGCAGAGGGAGAGGAGAUUCGCCGUCGGGCGCCCAAAGCCCGGCCCGGUUGAAAGUGAACGCUUGCUGGUUUGAGGAGAUGCCGGACUUGAACGAGAGGCCCGAACCCGAAGACCCGGAUGUUGAUUAUUGGUGAGUUCUUCGGCGGCAACAUCAAAUUCAAACCUACGAUUUCCACCAAUGUGAAAUUUAUUAUUAGAUCAGGGGUGUUCUCGUCAAUUUACAAGUUCGUAAAGAAGAGAACGCCAUUUCGAGUUGUACAACCCAUGCAUGGACUACUAUUUUGCAUUUUUAAUUGACAAUUUCAUCCCUGUUAAAUCACAAAAUUUAUGUUUCCCGAACCGGUGAACUCUGUUUGAAAUUUGUACCAAUUACCAAAUACUCCGUAUUACUCCGCACUAUGUUCAACACAUAUCUCACGC